AUGUCUUUGCCUCGCCGUGCUCUUAUCAGCAUUACCUCCGCUCAAGCGACGCUCUUUCAAGGCAAGGAGACUACAGGACUGUUUAUCAGCGAAGCUUUACACCCCUACAAUGUCCUGAAGGCUGCCGGCUUCGAGGUUGAUCUCGCCUCCGAGACCGGCUCAUACACCGCGGAUUGGCUUUCGCAGCAACCCGACUUUCUCAACGGUAAAGAUCUUGCCGUCUGGGAAAACGUUGAGAGCGACUUCCGGAAGAAGCUUGACAACAUGCCCAAAGCCGCAGACCUGGAUGGCUCCAGUUAUGGCAUCUUCUAUGCUUCAGCCGGUCAUGCCGCCCUGAUCGAUUAUCCUACGGCCACUUCACUUCAGAGAAUUGCCGCGCAAGUCUGGGCCAACGGCGGCGUAGUGUCAUCUGUGUGUCACGGUCCCGCCAUUUUCGCCAACCUGGUUGAUCUGGCGACCAACGAACCUCUCAUCAAAGGCAAGAGGAUCACGGGAUUUACCACUGAGGCCGAGCACACCAUGAAAAUCAUGGAUGAUCUCAGAAGCUGGGGCUCUGAAAUGGUCGAAGAAGUCGCCGCUCGACUCGGUGCGACAUACGAACGUGCACCUGGGAUCUGGGACGAUUUCUAUGUGGUCGAUGGCCGUCUCGUCACGGGCCAGAAUCCUGCCAGUGCUAAAUCCACUGCAGAGGCUGCAGUGGCAGUUUUUGAAAAGUUGUAA